AUGCCCGUCAAUCAAUUCUUACAGGCUUCAGCGCACUUCCACGCCUCCCACCUCGCUCCCGUCAUUGCCUUCUUCUCUGCGAGCCAGAAUGAAAGCACACGUCUCUCGCAUCCGCAAAUACAGCCGCGGAGGGAUCUGAUAGCAAUAUUAGUAGCCUCAUAUCUCGCCUACUCUGGUUUGAAGAAGCGCUCUCUCUCUCUCUCUGGUGCAAUUUCAGCAUUCAUCGUAGGAUACGCGUCUUUGUCGAGCACCAUUUGCUCAUUCGGAGUAAUGCUCAUCGUGUUCUACCUCUCCGGAUCCAAAGCUACAAAGGUUAAACACUACGUCAAGGCUCAGCUCGAGGAUGGCCAUGACAGUGAAAAGCCAGGUGGAGUGAGAAACUGGCUCCAGGUGCUGGCAAACUCCUACACUGGCGCUAUCUGCGCUAUCAUCUACAGAGUGCAACACGUCAUCAUCACCCCUGCUGAUAUCACAGAUACUUCUGAAUGUAUACUGCACAGCUCAGUCUACAUAUCUUCUCAAACGCUGCUGUUGAUGGCUCUUGGACAUUACGCGUGCUGUAGUGCUGAUACGCUCGCUUCUGAGCUCGGCAUACUUUCAGGCAACUUCCCACGACUAGUCACCAAUCCGAGCAAGACAGUACCUCCAGGCACGAACGGCGGUGUUAGCUCAUUCGGAGUUGUAGUUUCAGGUGCUGGUGGACUGCUAAUUGGUCUCACAGCUGUUAUAUCUCUGGCCAUCGAAGACUCAUCGUGCUUUGGUCAAAAUUUCUCUUUCGGUCAGGCACUCAUAUCCUUCACUUCUGCCAAACUGCUCCUGCUUUCUGUCUUUUCUGGCCUCUUUGGAAGCCUGCUUGAUUCUCUGAUAGGUGCUACCCUCCAACGCACCCUGCUGCAUAAAGAGAGAGGCAAAAUUUUGACUGAUGGCUCUGAUCCUGCAUUCGCGAGGAUGUACGAUGAGGCGCGGAGAAGCAAGUCAAAGGAAACGGCUGAAGUUAAGCUGAUCUCUGGCUUCAAUCUCUUCUCUAAUACCCAAGUCAACUUUUUCAGUAGUCUGUUUACUGCUUUGUUGACAGCAGUGAUUGGAAACCUUCUGCUAUAA